AUGGCACCAACAGACAUCAAAGACUCAUCCGACAAAGAACUAGGCGGCCUUCAAAGCGGGAGCGGGAGCACAACAGACAUCGAGGCAAUCCGAGUAUCAGGACGAUCAGAAAGUGAAGACAGUGAUAUCGACGGGAUCGACCAGCAUCAUGAGGAUGAUAGCCAUGACGAUGAGAAGCGCGCAGCCAACACCAACAGUAACGGAGGUGGUCGUCUCUCACUGGUCAAGACUCUGUCGAGGGUAAUAUCGAGGCCGGAAUCGAACUUUGAUCCGGGGCCGCCGCCUGAUGGAGGGGCUAGGGCUUGGUGUACUGUCGCAGCAGCCCACCUAGUAAUCAUGACAACAUGGGGCUUCAUCAACUCCUUUGGCGUUUUCCAAACUUACUACACCUCCUCUCUCCCGUCCAUCGCCCCCUCGACAAUCUCCUGGAUCGGCUCUCUCCAAGUCUUUUUGUUGUUCUUCAUUGGCACCUUCACCGGCCGCCUAACAGACGGCGGUUACUUCCGGCACGUCUUCCUUUUGGGAACCGCCUUCCUCGCACUCGGAAUCUUCAGCACAGCCAACGCAAUGGACGGCGUCGCUUCCGGUGACGAGAGCGGAGUCGUGUGGAAGCUGUUUCUAGCGCAAGGCCUAGCCAUGGGCCUAGGUAACGGCUGCCUGUUUUGUCCAUGCAUGGCUACCCUCUCGACCUACUUCAGCAAAAAACGGAGUCUAGCAAUCGGCAUGGCAGCCUGCGGGUCCGCCACCGGGGGGCUGGUUUUUCCCAGCAUGAUGCGCAGCCUUUUACCUCGCGUGGGAUUCCCCUGGACAGUCAGAGCAAUGGGGUUUAUCUGCAUCGGUUCCCUGCUCUGUUCAUUCUGGGUGAUCAAGCCCCGCACCAAGCCCAGGGGGAUGCGCGGCCCCUUAGUUGAGUGGAGCGCUUUCAAGGAAGGCGAAUACAGCUUUUUUGUCGCCGGCAGUUUUUUGUGCUUUUUGGGGCUCUACUUCGCUUUCUAUUACCUCGCCUCUUUUUCGCGCGAUAUCAUCCACCUCCCUUACACAUCCAGCCUGAACAUCCUGCUAGUUCUCAACGGGGUGGGAGUUUUUGGUAGACUCAUACCGAAUUACAUUGCCGACCGCGCGGGUCCGAUAAAUGUAUUCAUCCCGUUCGCUGGCGCAGGGGGGAUUUGCGUCCUCUGCUGGACGGCAGUCAAGACCGAAGCGGGACUUUACGUGUGGGCGGUAUUCUACGGUGCGGCGGCUGGUGGCAUUCAGAGUUUGUUCCCCGCUGGACUGACGAGCUUGACGACGGACUUGAGAAAGGCGGGUGUCAGGAUGGGUAUGGUGUUUACGUGUAAUAGCUUUGCGACGCUGGCGGGACCGCCGAUUGCUGGGGCGAUCAUCAGUGCGAUGGAUGGAAAAUAUUAUGGCGCGCAGGCGUUUGCGGGGUCGACGCUUGUUUGUGGGAUGGGGCUGCUGGUGGCGACGAGGAUGGUGAAGGCUAGGAAGACGAUGAGGGAGGGGGAUGGGAAGGGGGUUUGGAAGGUCAGGGUAUGA